AUGCAGGCGAGGGUAACAUCUCACCCGCCACGUGUCCGGUUAAAACCGACCCAGUACAAAUGCAUCACAGGGUUCUGGUUACUCCUGACGAUUCUAGAAGUAGUGGUCGCCAACAGACCGCCCAGGUUUCUAAUAGAUGGCCAGUCAGAAAUUGUUGUCAGACUUAAGGAAGGACCUGACACACCAGUUGGUAGCCUAAUAUACCGGCUGAGGGGCGUUGACCCCGACGGAGAUACGUUACAGUUUGGCAUUAGAGACCAACUUGGUAGUGAUAUUUUAAGAUUAGAAGCCAUUUCAUCCAACGAAGCUAAUAUUUAUUUAGUUAAGGAAUUAGAUAGAGAGAUCCGCGAUGAAUAUUCUUUUGUAUUAACUUUAACUGACGGACAUCUAGGCGAUGGAAAUUACAUUACGCAAAGUUUCUUGUUGUUAGUUGAAGAUGUGAACGACAACGAACCAAUUUUCAGACCAUAUCCUUCCGCAAUAACAGUUAAAGAAGACGCUUCUCCUGGAAUUUUAACAACUGUAGAAGCAACAGACCUGGAUGAAGGAGCUUACGGUCAAGUGUUGUACCACUUGCAAGAACUUGACGGAGACGUACAAAACUUCGCUAUACAAACUGUUAACGGGAAAGGAGUGGUACGUUUGACAAAUCGGUUGGAUUAUGAGCGUAAGUCGUUGUACCAACUUCGAGUGCUGGCUGUGGACCGUGCGAAUCAAGGGCGGAUUAACACUGGGACCGCUGCAAUCCUUAUUAAAGUACAGGAUGUGGAGGACCAGCCUCCAGAGUUUGUUGUUGCCAGUCCCGUGACGAGGAUCAGUGAAGAUGCUCCUAUUGGGACCUCAGUCUUGCAAGUACGAGCUAUUGAUGGAGACCGAGGAAUCAACAAUAGGAUAUCGUACAGCAUCAUAUCAGGUGGAGAGGAACACUUUGAUAUUGACAGCAGUUCAGGAGUUGUGUACACUGUCAACCAACUCGAUAGGGAAGACCCUAAUAACAGCAAUGGAGCAUAUAUUUUGGAAAUAUUGGCUACAGAAGAAUCCCGCACCAUCUCACCGAUGCCCAGUGCUACCACAGAGGUGACAGUCAUAGUGACGGAUGUGAAUGAUGAAACACCAAGGUUCAGAAACGACAGAUAUGUCGGAGAAGUACUGGAGAAUGCACAGCAGAACACACCAAUUACAUUCUUACAAGAUGCUAUUCCUGAAGUUUUUGAUUAUGAUCAGGGUAAAAAUGGUACAUUUGAACUGUACCUAACAGGAGAUCACGGUGUGUUCGAUGUGACUCCCUUCAAAGGUAUCAAUGAAGCUUCAUUUCUCAUCAGAGUCAAUGACGCAUCAUUCCUGGAUUAUGAAAAAGUCACUGUUAUGAAUUUCAGUCUAGUCGCCAAAGAAAUUGUUACCAAAGAUCCUAAAAUGAGCAUAGUGCCAAUAGUGGUCCACAUAAAGGACGAGAAUGACAACUUUCCAGAAUUUACCGAGUCAUUGUACACCGUGUCUAUACCUGAGAAUUGUGGUGUUGGCACCACUGUCGCCUGGGUGCAGGCUCUCGACCAGGACUCAGAUAAUUAUGGAACUAGAGGAAUUAGAUAUACAAGUCUCGGAGGAAGUAUUGCUAAUUUACUAAACCUUAACCCAAUAUCAGGAGUAAUAACAGUAAAGCAAGCAGGCGGUGACAGUUUCGACCGCGAACUUAUUUCGCGCCAUUAUUUGACAGUUGAAGCUAGAGACGACUUAGGCAAAGGCAAUCGGAAUACAGCCCAGUUGAUUAUUAACAUAGAGGAUGUUAAUGAUAACGCGCCAAUGUUCCUGGCCAAUAAGUAUGAGGCCAGAUUACUGGAAAAUGAAAUGGAAUUUGAAAACCCACUAGUGCUUGAGGCUAGGGAUCUGGAUUUGAAUGGAACAAAGAACAGUCACAUAGAAUACUCAAUAGUUGGAGGAGAGUACAAGGACAACUUUACGAUAGACCCGAACUUGGGCAUCAUCACUCCCGUCAGAGGACUCGACUUCGAGCAGAUACCCGGCGUUAACAGUAACCUACGGCCUAUACAUCUUACUGUGCGUGCCCGAGACUUCGGCGAGCCGUCCCUGUCAUCCACAGUACCAGUCACUAUAUACGUGCAGGACGUCAACGACCACGCUCCACUGUUCCAGCAGAUGAUGUACAAGAGAUCUAUUCCUGAGGACAUGCCUGGAGGAACUAGCGUGCUUGAGGUUAAAGCUCGCGACGCAGACGGCUCGUCCCCAAACAAUCGCGUGGUGUACAGAAUACAGCGCGGUGCGAGCGAUAAGUUCGUGAUAGAAUCCCGUACUGGAGUCGUGUCUGUUGCUAACGGGUCCACUUUAGACCCUGACAAAACUACACCUAAAAGCAACCGGUAUACACUUACUGUGGUGGCUUUAGACGGUGGUAUAGGCGACCAGCAACUUAGUGCAGCGGUACUGGUGAAUAUUACUAUCGUGGACGUGAACAACAAGCCGCCGGUACUUAUCGAGCCAGGCACCAUCACUGUUAGAGAGAAUACACAGGUCGGCACACAAAUAUACCGCGCAUCAGCCCACGAUCCCGACGACCAGCCAGUACUGCGCUACGCCAUAGACAAGACAGGCAGUGUUGCCAGAGAUGAGGACGGAGUUCCUAUAUCUGUGGCGGAGUAUGAUUAUCUUGCGUUAUGGGACUUGAAUGCUGUAGAUGGGACUUUGAAAGUGGUUAGGCUCUUAGACCGAGAAAAGCUGGAAAUAGUGAAACUAGUAAUAACAGUUGAGGACAUGGCAGCCAUUGACGGUGGUCCCCGACAGACUGCUUCAGCCACCCUCACCGUAGUGGUUGAUGAUGAGAACGAUAACAACCCAGUGUUCAGGAAACCAUUGUACAAAACUUCCAUUACUGAAAACUCUAAGAAUGGCGUCAAUAUUGCUACCGUCAUAGCUGAUGACGCUGAUAAGAAUAAGACUAUGAAUUAUUUUCUUGAAGGACGCGAAGACCUUUUAAACCUAGUUCACAUGGACAGUAAAACUGGUGAAGUGGUAGUCGCAAGUAAGAUAGACCAUGAGUUGUAUCCGUGGAUCAAUCUUACUGUGAAAGGGGUAGACAGCGGUGUCCCGCCGCGGUACUCAGUCGUCGAUCUCUUUAUACAGGUUCUAGACGAAAACGACAAUAAUCCAAUAUUUGAGUCGUCGGCGUUCGAAUACAGGGUGCUUGAAGAUGUGGAACCGGGGACUACUAUAGCGAACAUAUUAGCACGAGAUGCUGAUUCCGGCGAGUUUGGGAAGAUCACAUAUUUACUUGAUCGCAUGUCUACACAGGGAAAAUUCUUAAUAAACGCAGAUACAGGAGCUUUAACAGUAUCAGACUGGCUGGACAGAGAGACGCAAGCGACAUACAACCUUGUCAUAGAAGCGUGGGAUAACUACCAGUUUGGGUACCUCAGUGGAGAGAGCCGUAAUGCUUUCAAGCAGAUUGUAGUUCACAUAGAAGACGUAAACGACAACCCUCCGAUACUGCACGUGCCUUCGGAAUGUACUACUAUAACGGAGUUCCAUAACUACCGGGAGCCUAUUGUGUCUGUAUCGGCCACUGAUGCCGAUGACAACUCCGCGCCUAACGGACGAGUGCAGUUCCAUCUCGUCGGCGGGAAGGGACAUGAUUUGUUUCGGUUCGAGCAAGUGGGUGGUGAUGCCAACACGGGCCGUUUGUUCGCUCGCCAAUCUUUGAAGGAUCGCUUUGGAAACUAUACCCUCGUAGUGGAAGCUAGAGACUUGGGCAUACCACCCAAUGUUGUUAGAGGAGAGCUGAGACUAUGUGUCACUGAUUAUAAUGAUCACGCGCCAGUGUUCGUGCAUCCUCCACAGAAUGUCACUAUCAAAGUGCCUGAGAACGCGACAAUAGGCACCACAGUAGUAGAGGUGCGAGCUAUAGACGCGGAUAUAGGCCCAAACGGCGCCGUGCGGUACCGAGUCCGGCAGGACGCGGCCGGCGCGUGGCGAGCAUUCACUGUACAUGCUACUAGCGGAGCUCUUAGAACUACGCAGCCACUGGAUAGAGACAAGCAGACUACGUAUCAGCUCAGAAUAGAAGCCUACGACCUCGGGCUGCCUACGCCACUUAGCUCGGACUUGGACCUAACAAUUUACGUACAGAAUGUGGACAACUAUCGGCCACGGUUCCCCAACAAACACAUACAUAUUAAUUUUACUGAGAAUGCACCCAACACUGGACUUUAUUUGCCCAGCGUUAUAGAAAGGGAUGAGAUUGACCGCGGCGAUGAGCCCUUGUUACCAGUUUGCUAUUAUAUUGUAGAUGGCGAUGAAGAUAAUGUGUUUGAUUUACACAGGAGUACGCAUAGACUAACGACCCAAAAGCCAUUAGAUCGGGAACAGAAAUCGGAAUAUUCGCUCACAAUACUAGCGUCAGAAGACUGUGUAACCAAACCUAAGUAUGAUGAAGAAGUAGACGGAGUCAGCACGCUAAAGGUUCACGUAAUCAUCAAUGAUGUCAACGACAACGCUCCUAAGUUCGUCAGUAACAUAUUUACUGGAGGCAUCACUACUGAAGCUGACUUUGGAAUUGAAUUUAUGAAUGUUAAGGCCAUAGAUUUGGACGAAGGUGAAAACGCUAAAAUAAGUUAUUACUUAAUCGGAGAUGUGAAGGAAACUCUAACGGAAGGUUUAGAGAACUUAGCGGUGUCCCCGUUUCUAGUCAAUGUUGAAACAGGCGCGGUUUCUUUGAACUUCGACCCGCAAAAGGGAAUGAAAGGAUAUUUCGAUUUCAAGGUUCUAGCGAAUGACACGGGAGGUUUACAAGAUGAGGCGCAUGUAUUUAUUUACCUACUUCGUGAAGACCAACGUGUUCGCUUCGUCCUACGCUCUCACCCGUCAGAGAUCCGUGACAAGAUCCACGUGUUCCGUGAACGAUUAGCACGAGUGACCGACUCGGUCGUAAACGUGGACGAUUUGAGGGUACACGAAAAUAAAGAUGGCUCAGUUGACAAUACUAAAACCGACUUGUAUUUGCACCUCGUAAACGGGGAAGAUCAUUCCGUUUUAGAAGUCGAACAAGUACUAAAACUAGUUGAUAAGAAUAUUGAGCAGUUGGAUGAUCUCUUCAAGGAGUUCAACGUCCUAGACACUCAGCCGGCCGAGUACCAGCCUCUAACAGCAGAAACUCUUUCGUCAAACCAGACAGUAUUCUGGCUAGUAUGGACCACGCUGUUCCUGACUGUACUACUCGUGCUUACCGUCAUGAUGUGUCUGUCGCAGCGAGCUGAUUACGUCAGAAGGCUAAAGGCUGCUACUGCUACAGCUUAUUCAUCUCCGACUCCUGGGGAAUCAGACAUGACCAUCCGCAGCUCGGGAGGCCGAGUGCCCAACACAAAUAAACACAGUACAAAAGGAUCCAACCCCAUAUGGCUCCAUGCUUAUGAGAAUGAUUGGUACAAAUCAGAAGAUCAACUCAGUCGCUCCGAACGUGACUCUCUCGACGAAAACGCAGUUGAUCAAGACUUGUCAAAUGAAAAACCUUAUUUCAUUACUACUGGCGCCUUCCCCUCAAUAGAAUCUAACGAAACCGAACCCCAAACAAACCAAGCAAAGUAUGAUUUCUACCAGCAAUUAGAACAAAUGAAAAACGCAAAAAAUAUGGAAACGACUGAAUUGUAA